GAUCCUCGGAAGACAAAGAAAGAUGGAGGCGGAAAACGAAACUGGGGCCGCUCUGGCGAUGAAGUGCACGACUAUGGCUACAAUUUUACGAACACACGACGCCACUCAAACAGUAGCGCUCAGGGCAUUGCGGACUUCAAGACAAAGUUCGAGGCCGUUGAACCAGAGCCAGUUUUUGAAGAAAACGUGCAUGGGCCCGAUGCCCUUCCUCCGGAUGACGACAUGGGUAAACCAGCAAGAGCUAUGUAUGAAAGGUGA